CCCGGCCUUUCCGUGCCCGCCCUGACGCGGCCGCCUUGUGCCCCGCAGGAGGAGCUGACGCCGGGCGUGGUGUACGUGGGGCACCUCCCGCGGGGGCUCUGCGAGCCGCAGAUGUACGAGUACUUCGAGCAGUUCGGGACGGUGAAGCGGCUCCGGCUCUCGAGGAGUAAGAAGACUGGAGCUAGCAAAGGCUACGGAUUUAUAGAGUUCGAGUCCGAUGACGUGGCUAAGAUUGUUGCAGACACAAUGAACAACUACCUGUUUUCUGAAAGACUGCUGAAGUGUCAGUUCAUAUCUCCUGAAAGGGUCCAUGAAAACCUCUUCAAAAACAGUGACAAAAUAUUUCGGAAGCCUUCUCAGCCAGCGGUCAGGCGGUACAAUAGGAUACGUUCACUUGUUCAGAAGGCAAAGAUGACAAAGCGACUGCUGCGAAAGGAGAAACUUUUACGGAAGAGGCUGGCUGAAAAGGGGUUCGAUUAUGACUUCCCAGGAUUUGCUGCACAGGAGCUUUCCAUAAAGAGAAGAAAAGUUAAAACAUCCAAGAAGUCAAAACUGAACAUUUCUUUGAGCAGCCAGGAUCCUACUCCAGUCUGUACUCCAACAGUGCUCGAGCGCCGGAAAGCUUCUCAGGUGGAUGAUGACGCAGAGGACAAUGAAAUAACUCUCAGACUGCCCCCUGCCAGUGUUAACAAUGCUGUGCAGAGACCAAAGAAACAUCCAAGAAAAAGACCGAACCUGAAGAAACAGAAAUAGGCUUAAAAUUUUGAUGGCUGUAGCUGUGUUUUUCCUCAACUCAAAAACUGGCAAGGUGGAGCUUCUAGUGGUUCUGCUGCCCUGGCUCAGUUCGUCUUGACUAGACUGUUUCAGCCUUUCCUAGGCAAGGAAUCUAUUC